AUGCGUAUUAUGUAUUUCUCUUUCUUUCGUCUGCUUAUAUUCCUAGAGUCUGACAGUACCAACUGGGACCAGAUAGAGUUAUUCCAUACUAGCAAAAAGGUCACGAUUUAUGGUCCGGUAGAAUCAAAACGUCGACCCUCACAAGGAAAUGUCGCCAAAGCGAAAAAUCCCGAAAUCAAAAUAGCCCAACUGGCCAAUAAGAGAAAGAAACUACAUUGGCAUCUACACCUCCGAGCAGAUAAUGAAGCUGUUAAUUCUUUGCUAGUUGGUCAACCGCCAACUGCAGCUACUUUGCAAAAUGACAAAAUCGACAACUUCUUUAAUAGCGGACCCAGUUUUAGUGUUCUUCCAAUUAAAAGCGAUUUGAAUACUUUGCUUUGUUACAAUAUUCUCGAUUUUGUCACAACACGUCAAAAGGCUGGAACUAAAUCCAUCCUUGGAAACUAA